CAAUGCAUUUAAGGUUAGAAAAUUUUAAAAUAAACUUAUGUUUAUCUAAAUAUUUAAAUAAGAUUAGAAGCCCUAUUCAGGCCACUACUUGCCUUCAUCUAUGGUUCAGCCCAAUUCAGGCGAGCUCAGUUUGUCAGAUCGAAAUGAUGAAAACAGUGCAACGAGGCGCCCUAAUAGUGAUCGAAGGAGUGGACCGUUCAGGCAAAUCUACACAAUGUAAAAAGCUCGUGGAGUCUCUCAUCAGCCAGAAUAUUAAGGCACAAUUGAUGAAUUUCCCGGACAGGAGCAACUUGACCGGCAAAUUAAUCAACGAAUAUUUAAUUAAUUCAGAUUGCAAGUUAAAUGAUCGUGCCAUUCACUUGCUGUUCUCCGCCAAUCGGUGGGAAAAUGUUGAAAAGAUGAAUACUCUUCUUUAUGGGGGUACGACAUUGGUUGUUGACCGAUAUUCCUACUCAGGGAUUGCUUUUUCUGCAGCCAAAGGUGGAAUGGACAUGAAUUGGCUGAAGCAAGCAGAAAAUGGCCUACCCAAGCCAGAUUUGGUCUUCCUGCUAACUUUAAACCAUGAAGAGGCAGCGAAACGUGUGGGAUUUGGCGAGGAGCGAUAUGAAAAUGAAGCGAUGCAAAAGAAAGUGUCGAACAUAUUUUCGCAGCUGGCUAAAGAAGAGGACAACUGGCGAGUAAUCGAAGCCAGUGAUAGUAUAGAAUCUCUUCAAGCUAUUCUCCUGGGACAUACACUGGAUGUUAUCGCCAGAGUAGCAAAGCAAGAACUAAAAAGUUUACACUUUCAAACAUAGCAUUUAUACUGUAGGAUUUAUAUGUAUUAUACAACGGCUAGUAAAAGACUGAUGAAUUGCA